AUGCCCGAGAUUUACACCGAGGAGAAAUUCAACAAGGAGAUCGUGACCAACUACGUCGACGUGAUUGGCCAGAAAUUGGGGGGCCAGGUGUUGAGCUUCCUGGACGAGUUUUUCGCUCCAGCAGCCAACUUGAUCAAGUCCACUCCAGUGGUGUUUGACCCAACCAAGUUUGUCCACUCUGGAAAGUGGUUUGACGGCUGGGAAACCAGAAGACACAACACCGAGGAAGCUGAUUGGGUGAUCUUCAAAGCUGGCGUGAGCUCGGCAAGAAUCAUUGGCUGUGAGGUCGACACCGCUCAUUUCACCGGUAACGCUGCUCCUUUCAUCUCGGUGGAAGGUGUUCGUGCCGACGACGACUCAAAGUCGGCCCCGACUCGAAGUGGGAGGACAUCAUCUCCAAGGUCGAGUGCCACCCAUGCCUGA